GACUGUCGUGCUUCUCAGGCGGGUCAAGAAACAAAUAUGGCGGCGUCCAGUGUUUUCAGACCGGGCUUGUUUAACCAAAAAGUGGCGAUAGUCACAGGUGGAGGGACCGGCAUCGGUAAAGCGAUCUCUGCGGAGCUGCUGGAGCUCGGCUGCAGAGUGGUGAUCUCCAGCAGGAAGGUGGAGAGGUUGGAGGCGGCGGCUCAGGAGAUGAGACAGAAAAUCCCUCAAUCGAGCCCUGCAUGUGUCACUCCUCUGCCAUGUAACAUCAGAAACGAGGACGAAGUGAAGGCGCUCGUAUCGACAGUGCUGAAGAAAUACGGCAGGAUAGACUUUCUGGUGAACAAUGGAGGAGGUCAGUUCAGCAGCCCUGCCGAGCACAUUUCCUCUAAAGGCUGGAAAGCUGUGAUCGACACGAAUCUGACCGGAACCUUCCACUGCUGCCAGCACGUCUACACUGCGUGGAUGAAACAGCAUGGAGGUGUGAUCAUCAACAUCAUCGCUGACAUGUGGAAAGGCUUCCCGGGCAUGGCCCACACAGGAGCAGCGAGGGCAGCGGUGGACAACUUAACAAAGACUCUGGCCAUCGAGUGGGCAGACUCAGGAGUCCGAGUCAACGCUGUUGCGCCUGGAACAAUCUUUUCUAAAACUGCGAUGGAGAACUACAAGGAGUUUGGUCCACAACUGUUUAAGAUGUCUGUGCCGUUCAGUCCCGCCAAGAGGCUGGGAGUACCAGAAGAGAUCUCAUCAACCGUGUGUUUCCUGCUCUCUCCUGCUGCCACCUACAUCUCUGGAGCCACUCUGAGGGUGGAUGCAGGACAGAGUCUGUACCGCUCCAUGUGGGACAUACCCGACCACAGUGCAUGGCCCGAGGCACCAGAGGGGGAGAACAUGGACGCGCUGAAGGAGCUGCUCAACUCAAAAAGCAAACUGUGAUCCACUGUUGGGGGGGACUGAGUCUUGUACCAGUGCAUUAAAAACACACGCGUAUCGUGGACCCCGAGCCGUGCAGGUACAAGAUGCACCGUCAGAGAAACAAGACACGAUGGUGCUCUGUUUAUAAGAUUGGUUUGAAAUAAUGAACAUUAUUGUGUGUACUUUAGAGCAGCUUGUCUAAUUACUUUUCCAGAUGACGAGGUGUGAUGUAAACACUUUUUUUAAGCGUAAAGUAAACCGUUUAAGAAGUCAAGUAUCAAAAAGUCCUCUACAUUUGGAGAAACCAUAGACUCUAAACAACAACACCUAAUUAAAAUCUAAGAAAGAUUGUAAUUACUUUUUUAUUUAGUUUGUUUGUUUGUUUUGUAAUUUACUCUGAUUUGCCUCUGAAGCUGUUUCAGGAGCUUGCCUUCAUCUUGACUUUUUUUCAACCCCCUCUUUUGAAUUGAGUUGGGCCCAAUCAUGUAAUUUUACUUGCUAGUUUUGGGUUGACUUUCAUUGACUGUCUUUUGUAUACGGUGGUUAUGAUGUACAGUUACUGUCAUUUUUAACAUCUUGUUGAUACAUUUUACAAAACACGUUCACUAACAAAUCCUGGAAUGUGACAUUCUUCUUCUCUUCUUCUUUUUCUUAAUGUGUCAUUGUUCUACAGUGUACAGACAACAAUGGUUCUUUGUAAUUAUAAAGCUUCUGAUACUAUACCACCAAA